UUCCGGUUUCAAGCAGCUAGUCGUCUUUACGGCGCUCUGCUGCUCUUGGGAAGUCAGGCGGAUAAUACUCUCGUCAGAAAACACCCCGUGUGAUCAAUAAACCCCAACGUUUCUUUCACAUCCAGUUACACAGUCUGGAGGUGCUCCUGGUCUUCCAUCCUCACACACCACUCACCAGCCAUUUUAAUCAUCAGAAGGAUGAAGAGUCAUCUUAAAUCUCAAGGUAACCCAACCAAAAUGAUAUCCAGCUUCUAAAGAAGAGGAAACCUUAACAAGAGAGAGGGGAGCAUGCAUUGCCGACCUCCACUGAAGAAGGGACGCUGCUGGUAAAAGAUAUCGGGAAAAGGGUUAUGUAGUGCUCUUGCCAUGGAUGACUUUACGACACGCACCUAUGGCACCAGUGGUAUGGACAACAGGCCUCUGUUUGGCGAGACAUCGGCCAGGGAUAGAAUCAUUAAUUUAGUCAUCGGUGGACUAACGUCUUUGCUCGUUCUCGUGACCAUUAUUAGCUCAUUUGUCUUCCCCUCACUGCCUCCUAAGCCGUUGAAUAUUUUCUUUGCCGUCUGUAUCAUGUUAGUCUGCGGCUCAGUGUUGGUGCUGAUAUAUUGGUAUAGGCAAGGAGAUUUGGAGCCCAAGUUUCGCAACUUGAUCUACUAUAUGCUGUGUUCCAUCGUUCUGCUGUGCAUUUGUGCCAACUUGUACUUUCAUGACGUGGGACGGGACAAACAGAGCAAUGCCUUAUAAAGCUGUUUCCAUGGGAACCGUCCCAAUCACAUGAAUGUCCAUUAUGUGGGCUCUUUGAACCCCACAUAAGCUCACGUGAGUGUUUGAAUCAGGAGAAUUCAUACAAGCCCCAGAUGUGGGCUGGGCCAGUCUGCCUUUGGGAGUCAGAUGCAAAUAUGUUCAUGAACAGGAGCACUCUGGGAUGUCAUGCACACGUUUUUCUACCCGAAAUGCUGUACACAGCUUACAAACCUAUAUGCCAAUGUAAUUCCAAGACCUCUUGAAAUAAGCCAUGGCAGUGUAAUGCAGAAUGCUUUUAUACUUGUACACGACACGCCUGUAGUACAUUCCCAAAUGAGACAUUUCCUUUUGUAUUUAAAUGACUAGAUAAGCAAUCUUGAAUCGGAGCACUUGAUUAAAGACAUUAUGUCAUUGCUGCUUUUUCUUCCUUUUUCUAAGUCACUGUACACUUGAUAUGGUGACAAACUUUACACAUCUGCCAUUAAUCAUUGGAAUUUUAUGUAAUGAAUAAAUACAUAACUGU